UACUACUACUACUACUACCACCACCAAGCCAGCAGUCCUUGAUCCAUCUGAGGCAGAAGUCCUCAAAUCCGCGCUUUUACGGAAACUUGACAUGCGACUUGUUCCAUUACUCUCUAUUUUGUAUCUCUUAUGCUUUCUGGAUCGGUCCAAUAUCGGAAAUGCAAAACUCGGCGGUCUGGAGGACGACCUCGGUAUGAACCAUUUCCAAUAUCAGUGGAGUCUUUCCAUCUUUUUCGUGGGAUAUAUUAUUUUCCAGGUCCCAUCAAAUAUCAUUAUGCGAAGAUGGCGCCCGGCAAUUUGGCUUUCUUUUUUGAUGGUAGCAUGGGGUACAGUCGCCACCGCCAUGGCCGCUACCAAAAAUUUCGCUGGAUUGGUUGUAUGCCGCUUAUUGUUAGGGUGCUUUGAAGCAGGCUUUUUUCCCGGUGUGAUUUACAUGCUGAGUCUGUGGUACACCCGUCAAGAGUACGGAAGACGUGUUGGAUUAUUCUUCUCAUGUGGAUCCCUUGCAGGAGCAUUUGGUGGGCUUUUAGCAUACGGCAUAAGUCAAAUUCCCACGCACACACUGGCUACUUGGCAAUGGUUAUUUAUCAUUGAAGGAGCACCGUCCAUUCUCAUCGCCGUGUUCGCUGGAUGGUACUUGCCAGAUAAACCAGAAACGGCCAAAUUUUUAACCAAGGAUGAGCGACAAUUGGAAAUUGAGCGCUUGACUGAAGAUGCGGGUGCCAGCCAAGACAAAUCCUUUUCCUGGACGCAGGUAGCAUCCGUAUAUCAAGACUGGAAACUCUACGUUUACAUUUUCAUCUAUUUGAUGGGUGCCAUCUCUAUGCACGGUGUCACUCUAUUCCUACCCUCAAUUGUUGCUGGUAUGGGAGAGUGGACAGACGCACAAGCACAGGCCCUGACAACACCUCCUUACUUUCUGGCAUUUAUUGCCACCAUUUCCGUGGGACGCAGUUCCGAUCAUUUCUUUGAACGAUCGUUCCACAUGGUUGGAUGUGAGCUCGUUGGCAUCGUGGGCUUUCUAAUACUGAUUAUUGUUCCUCAAGAACGUGUCGCCGCACACUAUGCUGCUUCGUGUUUGGUUGUCACUGCCGUCUACGCCAACGUGCCUGCCAAAGUGGCCUGGUUCACGAAUAACUUUGGCGGAUUGACAAGACGUGCCAUUGCUUCGGCUACCAUUGUUUCGAUCGGGUUGGCCGGUGGCAUCAUUGGCGGUCAGAUCUAUUAUGAUCCUCCAGAAUACAAGAAUGGAAAUACUAUUGUGUGUGCGUGUGUCGCGGCACAAUUGGUGGCUGUUUUGGUCUUGCGGUUUGGACUGGCAAGAGAAAAUGCAAGACGGGAAAAGCUUUCGAGAGACGAAAAGGAGUUGCAGUUGGCACAGUAUGGUGGAGGAGAACUUGUUGGCGAUAGACAUCCAGAUUAUCGCUACGUCCUGUAGUUUUUUUUUUUUUUUUGUU